AUGGCAGCAAUCGUACAAUCCCGCCAACUAUCCCCAGCUGGUCUCCUGACCACGGUGGCCAGCUUACCGCCGUCCUACAAGGUGCAGUACGGCAAUGUAGUCGGAAAACCGGUCAGUACCACCGGCAAAGUGCCCGCGACCGGUGGGUCCGACAGUCCGCUGGAUUUGACCGUGCGCCAAGCAGCAACCGGGGGUCCCAUCACCCCACCGGCAACACCUUCCCCGCUGAAGAAGCGCUACCGUGAGGACAAUCAGCUGAAUGUGCCGACGAAAACGGAAGGCCCACUGCCAAAACGCGCCAAACCGUGUGCGGAGCCCAGCGAACCGGAGCCGACCGACGUCCGGCAGGGUUUAAGCACACCGGCAAAGGGAGCCCGUGAACCAACCGCCACAAAUCCACCGAAGGGUUCGAAAAAUCCACCCGCCGCCACGGUGCCGUCCGGCGGUACCAAGGAGCGCCGCGCGAAAGCCAUCCGGAAGCUAAAGUUCGACGAGGAGAACUCAUCGCCCGUGUCCGGCACGAUCAUCAUCUCGCUGGAGGAAGCGCUCAGCGGGGAUUCGCCACGCGAAUCCGGUGACAUCGAUCCGCAGUUCAAUCUGGUCGAGGUGUCGGAUGAGGUGCGGGCCGAGCUGGCCGCCAUCCCGAACGUGAUCGGUGGUUACAACUGCAAACUUUGCCGGCUCGAGUUUGACGACGCGUUCGGGUUGGCACAGCAUCGCUGCUCCUGCAUCGUGCUGCUCGAGUACCGGUGUCCCGAGUGUGGCAAGCGGUUCAACUGUCCGGCCAACCUGGCGUCGCAUCGCCGAUGGCACAAACCGCGCGACCAGGUCGGCAAGAAGGGUGGCGCGGGCAAGGUGGAAGCGGGCAGCGAUUCGGCCGACUCGGAUGGUGCCACCGGUAAGUUCCGGUGCAACCAGUGUGACAAAACGUUCAAACGGCCGGCCUACCUCAAGAAACACCAGCUAACGCACAACAAACAGCCAACCAGGAAGGGGACGGCGAAGCGCGCCCCAAGCCCACCGGUUACCGUCGGCGCGCAGUACCGCGGUGAGGACUCGAACCAUUCCAACCAAUCGGGCCAAUCGGUGGAAAGCGGCGGUAUUACGUAUACCGACUGUGGGGAAGACCCGCCAACGAGAGUGAAGCCACCGCCGCUCACCAUGUACAGUACGCUCGCAUCCAACGACAGUGGUGCGCAGGAGAUUGAGAUCGUCACUACCGGAUACUAUCCGGAUGCGGCGACCGUUGUGACGUUUGUGCAGCAGGAACGCGCCAGUUCGGUGGUGUCCUCCUCCGGACGGGGCAGCGUUGCGUUGGAUCAUGACGAUGACCAGGACAGCGACUGUGAGGAGCGUACGCUGGUCAUCAACGAGGACUACCGCGACAACGCAGAGGAAGAGGACGAGAUGGAGCGUCAGUACCGUUCGGCCUACUGCGAUCGUUUCACCGAGGAGGAAAAUCUCGCCGCCGCCGCUCUCGCCCGUCUCCGGAACGGACCGUCCGUCAUCCGGCACACCACGGCACUGGUUGUGUAA